GCUAGAGAAAUUGUGUGGAAUUAAGCCAAAAAUAUUUAAAGCAAGGUCCAUUGUUUCGAGAAUAAUUAUAAAUAUUUUUAUUUCCAAAUAAAUGCUACAGAAUAAUAGACGAAUUAAGAAGGCUGAGAAUCAACAACACUUAUUUGAUGACAACAGCCAUUUGAGUUUAAAUCGUCGAUGGAGUGAACAAUUGGCUAAUUGUGAAAAUACUAAUAAUUUUGUUCAACCAGAAAAUACUGAAGAAGAAAAAGAAGUAGCCAAACCAAUAGCUAUAGUUGGAGGUAUUGGAAGAAGUGAAAUAAACAAAGAAGAGAUGUCGACAACAACAAAUAAUUCAUUGAACGAACAAUUAUUUGUUUCAUCAUUUGUUAGAGCUAUAACUAUACCGAACAGUCAAAAUACAGAAUGGACAGAUUUGAGAGAAUUUCGAGUAAAAGAAAUGAAUGAAAACCGCCAAAGAGCCGCACAUAUGGAGAAUACAAUGCGUUGGUGGUUACUAUCGGCAGAACAAUGGCGCCAAAAAUGGCUAAAUGUUCGAAACGAACGUAAUAGAUUAAAGGAAGAGAAUGUUCGUUUAAAGAAAGAAUUGAUGGAAAUUAAAAAUAAAAUUAAAGAAAAUUAA